AUGGAAUUCCAUAUGUUUACGGAUGCGUCUAAAGUUGCCUAUUCAGCUGCCGUCUAUAUUCGAUAUAUUGACGAAGAAAGUAGAUUACUAAAUCCCAUUUGUUAUAUGCUUCGUUAUAGUAAAUUAUGGUGGAAUGGUCCGUACUGGUUAGAUAAGGAUCCAUUACAAUGGCCUAACGGUGAGUUCAGUUAUAAUGCAGAGGACGAAAUCACACAAGUGGUAAUGACAAAUUUAGCGAAGACUAUAAUACAUAAUUACGAAGAUAAUAAAAUCCAAUUUAUUGAAGCACACCGCUUUAGUAAAUGGAUUAAAAUGAUCCGAGUAACUGUCUGUAUUCCUCGGUUCAUUAAAAGGACUUGUAAAAAGACUAUACCCUGGCUAAAAUCGCUGUCCUUACUAGGAGGCAAUAUGUCAAAGGACGAAUAUAUUCUAGCAGAGUGGUUAUUAAUCAGACGAGCACAAUCAAAGAAUGAAGAAAUAGAGAAUUGGAAUCUUUUUCAACAUAGAAAUGAUAAGUUGUGGAGAUCCAACAGUCGACUAAAACAUUGA